UACUGAGUAAAUAAAAGUAACCUCAAAAUAAUUAAAUUGUAGCAAAAAGUAUAUUGUGAUUUAAAAAAAUUAAAAAAUAGUGAUGCCUGUAUCUCAACCAGUGCGUGCUAAGAGUUUGUUACGCGCAAACUUGGAGCGAUCACGUUGUGGAGUAGUUUUGCAGAGCAGAAUGCCGAACAUAAAAGUUUUCAGUGGAUCCUCCCAUCCGGACUUGGCCCAGCGGAUCGUUGACAGGCUCGGAAUCGACAUCGGAAAAGUUGUCACCAAGAAAUUCAGCAACCUCGAGACAUGUGUGGAAAUUGGAGAAUCAGUACGAGGAGAAGAUGUUUACAUUGUACAGAGUGGAAGCGGGGAAGUAAACGACAAUCUAAUGGAGCUACUGAUAAUGAUAAAUGCUUGUAAAAUAGCGUCGGCAUCAAGAGUCACUGCUGUGAUUCCUUGUUUUCCAUAUGCCCGACAAGACAAGAAGGACAAGGGAGGUGAUGGUUCUGACAAGAAAGUUGUCAUCAAGACAACCGAGUGGAAAUUCAGGAGUCGCGCGCCGAUAUCUGCGAAAUUGGUGGCAAACAUGCUGUCAGUCGCGGGUGCGGACCACAUAAUCACCAUGGACUUGCAUGCCAGUCAGAUCCAAGGAUUCUUUGAUAUUCCUGUUGACAAUCUAUUCGCAGAACCCGCGGUACUUAAAUGGAUUAAGGAAAAUAUUAACGAGUGGCGGAACAGUAUUAUUGUAUCGCCCGACGCCGGUGGAGCCAAGAGAGUGACAUCAAUAGCCGAUCGAUUGAAUGUCGAGUUCGCUCUGAUCCACAAGGAACGCAAGAAGGCCAAUGAGGUAGCCAGCAUGGUCUUGGUCGGAGAUGUUAAAGAUCGCGUUGCUAUUCUCGUUGAUGAUAUGGCAGACACUUGCGGUACUAUUUGCCAUGCCGCGGAAAAAUUACUCGAAGCUGGAGCGACUAAAGUUUACGCUAUUUUGACCCAUGGUAUCUUCAGCGGUCCCGCUAUCAGUAGGAUUAAUAACGCUUGCUUUGAGGCCGUUGUUGUCACUAAUACUAUUCCUCAAGAUGAACAUAUGAAAGAUUGUCCUAAAAUUCAGUGUAUUGACGUAUCAAUGAUGUUUGCCGAGGCUGUAAGAAGAACUCACAAUGGCGAAUCCGUAUCGUACCUUUUCUCGAAUGUACCCUAUUAAAAAACUAAAUUAUAGGAUUGAUAUUGAUAUAUAUAUAUAUAUAUAUAUAUAUAUUUUUUUUACAAUUCAUUUUUUUAUAUCAAUUAUUAUUUCUGACUGGAUUUAAAUCAGAC